AUGCCCAAUUUGAAGAACAUCAAAAUUGCUAUUGGCAUUGAUAGCUUGCCCUUAGCUAAGAGUAGUAAUAGUCAAUUAUGGCCGAUUUUGGCAUUUAUUGUUGAUGAGACAAAAAUUGUAUUUACAGUAGGAGUUUAUCACGGAAAUGCCAAACCUAAGGACAGCAAUGAUUUUAUGGCAGAUUUUAUUUCUGAAACUAAGGAUCUUUUGGCUAAUGGCAUUAAUAUUGAUGGUUCUAUUAAAAAAGUGUCUAUUUAUGUUUUUGUGUGUGAUGCUCCAGCAAAAGCUUUUAUCUUGAAAAUAAAAGGACACUCUGGAUUUUAUUCCUGUACUCGGUGUACUCAAGAAGGUGAGUAUUUUAAGAACAGAGUGUGUUUUCCUUAUUCUAAAGAUAAAUCAGGUGAAAGAACCCAUGAAGGUUACCUUAAAAAGUUAAAUGAAGAACAUCAUGUUGGAAAUACACUAUCAUCGCCUUGUGAAAUUACCAGGAAUACAUUCAAUCCGAACAUUCUCAUUAGACUACAUGCAUUUAGUUUGUCUUGGAACUGUUCGAAAACUAAUUCUCCUUUGUUUAAACAAAGGACCUUUACUAACUCGUUUACUAAAUUGUGA